UGGUCACUCGCCUGCCUCCCCCCACCGCACCCGGUGGAGAGAGCUAUAAAUACCAUCAGCGAGCACGCACACGGCCCUGCGUCGGCGGCUGAGCGGGUCGGUUCUCCCAUACGGUUCAAGCCUAGCAUCGUUCCGUGUUGCUGUCUUCCCAUUCGCAUCGCCGCCGCCGCUGCCACGAGCUAAGGUCCAAGGAGAUGGCCGAAGUUGACACAUUCCUUUUCACAUCCGAGUCCGUCAAUGAGGGACACCCUGACAAGCUCUGUGACCAGAUAUCUGAUGCAGUGCUUGAUGCAUGCCUCGCUGAAGACCCUGACAGCAAGGUUGCUUGUGAGACCUGCACCAAGACCAAUAUGGUCAUGGUCUUUGGUGAGAUCACUACCAAAGCAAAUGUUGACUAUGAGAAGAUUGUCAGGGAUACUUGCCGUGGCAUCGGUUUUGUGUCCAAUGAUGUAGGGCUCGAUGCUGACCACUGCAAGGUGCUUGUCAACAUUGAGCAGCAGUCACCUGACAUUGCGCAGGGUGUCCAUGGCCACUUCACCAAGCGCCCUGAGGAGAUUGGUGCUGGUGACCAGGGGCACAUGUUUGGAUAUGCAACUGAUGAGACCCCUGAAAUGAUGCCUCUCAGCCAUGUUCUUGCUACCAAGCUUGGUGCUCGCCUCACCCAGGUCCGCAAGAAUGGGACCUGCUCGUGGCUGAGGCCUGACGGGAAGACCCAGGUGACUGUAGAGUACCACAACGACAAUGGUGCCAUGGUCCCCAUUCGUGUCCAUACUGUGCUCAUCUCUACACAGCACGAUGAGACUGUGACAAAUGACGAAAUUGCUACUGACCUGAAGGAGCACGUAAUUAAGCCUGUCAUUCCAGAGCAGUACCUUGAUGAGAAGACCAUUUUCCAUCUCAAUCCAUCUGGUCGCUUCGUCAUUGGUGGACCUCAUGGCGAUGCAGGUCUCACUGGCAGGAAGAUUAUUAUUGACACUUAUGGCGGCUGGGGUGCCCAUGGUGGUGGCGCUUUCUCUGGCAAGGAUCCAACCAAGGUUGACCGCAGUGGAGCCUAUAUUGCAAGGCAGGCAGCCAAGAGCAUUGUGGCCAACGGCCUUGCCCGCCGCUGUGUUGUCCAAGUAUCAUAUGCCAUUGGCGUGCCUGAACCGCUCUCAGUGUUUGUGGACACAUAUGGCACAGGCAAGAUCCCUGACAAGGAGAUCCUGAAGAUCGUGCUGGAGAACUUUGACUUCAGGCCAGGGAUGAUCAUCAUCAACCUCGACCUGAAGAGAGGCGGGAACGGCCGCUACCUCAAGACGGCGGCAUAUGGGCACUUUGGCAGGGACGACCCGGACUUCACCUGGGAGGUGGUGAAGCCCCUCGAGCGGGAGAAGCCUUCUGCAUGAUCAAAGACUUGCAGCCAGUUCCAGUUUGGAAACCAUUUUAGUGUGUAUCUUUUCAAGUUGUGAUGUUAUCUCUGGUACCAGCCAGUCUACCUAUCACUGCAAGUUCUCUUUCACUUUCUCCACUCGCUGCUCUAGCAGCAAGUGUGCGUGGGAUCUUACGCUCUUAAAGGAGCUUGUGUUGUGGGUGUGCUGCUUGCUUUCUUUUCCUGCUCCUGUAGUGUUAAGCGAAAGACAAACUACUUAAGAAAUGAAACUGCCAUAUUUUUGCGAA